CGAUAAUUUUGAUCAAGUCAAAAGAGAGGGAAAAAAUCUAGAGGGUUUAACUUCCCGAAAGAUGGAGACUGUGCUACACCGUGGGAUGCUGGAUGAUCAAUACCGACCUCUGAGUCGUAUUUUGGACCAAGUUAUACAGUCAAGAAAGCUAAAGACGAGUAUCAUGAAAACAGUAACGCACACUUGCACGCCAGGAACUACGGUUUUAGAUUUACCGGAAUGUGAUUCGAUCGAGGACAUCGCUGAAUCAGUAGACGAACUACGAGCGAAAUUGGCGAACAUGAAGAGAUUGAUGGAAGAGCGGCGGGGUACCACCCUGGGUGAGAUUAGCGCAAGAAAGAGAAAGGAGACCUCGGAUAUUAUAGAUGGCUACUUUUUAUCUUGGAUAUUUGGCUCGGCACUCGUUGUCAUCUUGAGUAUCAGUUUCUACGCCUUUUAUAAUCUCUAUCAUGCAGUCCUGAAAAAAUUUCCACCAUCUCAUACGGAAUUAUAAACAGACGG